GAGCUCGAGCAGCGAUAGCAGUGGCUUUCACCGCGGAGGGAAGGCGAAGAGAGGAACACAACACCCAGCCAGCGGAGAAACGACAAACUGCGUUUUCAUAUCCGACUUUUGCGUCCCGCCUGUCGCUCUGUUGUCCGGGAGAAGCGGAGCUAAAGACCAGCAUUAGUCUCUGAAAUGCAGCUGAGGACUUUAUCCACACAGCGAGCCAGUUAGCUAACGACGGGAGUAAGUUAGCCUCGCAGUGAUUUAUGCUAGUGGGUUACCGUUAGCUGGAUGGGAAAGCUGGUGGUUUUGUAAAAGUUAAUGAUUUUGCGCCACAUCUCAGUAGAGAUAAGUGUUGGAUUGGUUUGUCAGUGUUCCCGUCUCUUUGCUAUCCUGACAGCUUCUUCCAUCCAUUGACUCUGCGCUGUCCUGAAGCUGAGGGGUGACAACUCUGAAUAUGGCGAGUGUUUCAGACAGAGACUACAAAACUGACACUUUUAAGUCGUUGGACUGGCACGUUGCUCAGCUCGUGUACCCAAGAUAAACACUGUUAAACCGGACAAUUAAUGUAAUGGCCAAAGAGAGUGACGGAUUUCAUUUUUAUGUCUCACUAUACAGUUGCUCUCAAAGUUGCAGAACAAUGGGUUGUCAAUGCUGAAGCCGUCUUAAAAGUUUAUGAAUACUUGUCUCUGUUGAAGCUCAACAAUUUGACACUGCGAGACAUGGACUUGCACUGGAUGUAAAGACUGGUUGAAAACCUCUAACAUCACAGCUGUCUCCAGGUUGGACGCUUCAUCUGAGCCCUGCUGCUGGUCCCCACAGCUGAUUUGAGGGCCAAUAUGUCAGGGGCCACAACUGUGCAGCUUUUCACCAAGCUCGUCAAGCAUGCAGUGGGCAAGGCACAGAUACAGCUCAACCGCUGGCUGCAGAGGACUGCCACAGAUGAGUGUGACAAAAUUGACAUCCUGAUAUGCAGCGCCUUUGACGAGAGAGGGGCUGGCAUAGGGAAGUCAGAUGGAGACCCUGAGGUUAUCAGUGAUACAGGGGGGAUGACCUUCACCAGUGGUGGAGAGUUCAGACACCCAUGCUGUAUCACCACCUUUUGCUUCAAGAGCGCCCUGCUGGCAUGCAUCCUGACUGCUGUAUGCUUCUCCUCGGUUGCCCUUGUGCGCCAAUACCUCAAGGACCUUCUGCUUUGGGUGGAGAGCUUGGACAGCCUUGUUGGAGCCUUGCUGUUUAUAGUUGGUUUGAUUAUUGUGUCGUUCCCAUGUGGAUGGGGAUAUAUUGUUCUUAAUGUGGCAGCUGGCUACCUCUAUGGGUUUGUGCUGGGUAUGGGACUAGUCAUGGUGGGAGUUUUAAUAGGGACCUUUGUGGCACACCUGGUGUGCAAACGCUUAUUGACAGACUGGGUGCUGAACAAGGUUGGGAACAGUGAGCAGCUCAGUGCUGUCAUACGAGUGGUGGAGGGAGGAAGUGGACUCAAAGUCGUGGCCUUAGCGAGACUCACCCCCAUACCUUUUGGGCUCCAAAAUGCAGUUUUCUCGAUCACAGACGUGUCCUUGCCAAACUACCUGGUGGCCUCCUCUGUGGGUCUGUUGCCCACCCAGCUUCUCAACUCCUACCUGGGCACCACGCUCCGCACCAUGGAGGACGUCAUCGCUGAGCAGAGCAUCAGCGGCUACUUUGUGUUCAGCCUGCAGAUCGUCAUCAGCAUCGGCCUGAUGUUCUACGUCGUGCACCGGGCUCAGGUAGAGCUCAAUGCAGCCAUCGCCGCCUGCCAGAUGGAGCUAAAGUCGUCGCACAUGAACGGGUCCUCCACCAAUCACAGCAGCUUCACCUACUGCAGCAAGAGGGCGACAGCCGGCAGUGGAAACUGCAUUAAUGUGGUGUGACGUCAAAUCACUACAUGUGGUGGUAGCUCCUGUGACUGAACAGACAGUGUCUGAAACUUGGUGAUGGUGUGGUAUGUCGUCGCCCAGGUGAGAAAAACCCUGAAAGCUUAUGUCUUUUGUUAGAACUUUUUUUUUUCCUAUAAGUGUGGGACCAUGCACCUUUUGAAGAAACGGUGCUGAUGAAAAUGGGUUUGCGGUGUGGGAGUUUAUUUUUUUUAUUAUAAUUAUUCUUUUCAUCAAGGUACUUCUUAACAUUUAUUCUGUUACAGGAGAUGUCAAUGAAAUGAUGAUGUUUAGAGACAUCAGAAGUAGCUGAGUGAGUCAGAAAAAAAAAAAUUAGCUUGGCUUUAACUGCCUGCUAACGCUAUGAAUGUGCAAUUUGGAGCUUUCUAGAGAACCAAGGAAUUGUUUUUUUUCCAUUUCAGUGUCAAAAGAAUGCCAGCCUAUGCACCUUUAUCUCAUACUACAUUUGUCUUUUUUCAGUUCAGGAAAUUUUAGGGUCUGUUUGUCAACAUCCAGUGCUUACAAUAUAAAUAAUAAGGGCAUUAUUAAUAUUUUUGAAAGAUUUGGCUUUUUAGUCCAGUUCAUUUUUUUAAGUGUCUUAUUUUUGGACUAUUGAGUGAGGGGAGAAGCUCUCAGCAAGCACUACAGGCCUCUCUAACCGUGUGAUUUCUGCUUGCUUGCGACCACAUCAGCUGAAUUGGCCUUGUCUGCCUGUAGAUCAUUUUAGCGCUUCUGCAGUUUUGAGAGGAGCAACUGGAGAGGAGAGCAGAUUUCAGAGCUGGAAACUCAGGAAUGUUUCUGUCAGGAAAGUUGAAGUGCAGUGUGAGCGGCUCCUCGGUAGAACAACCACAUGUUCUGUGACAGAAAGAGUCCCACACUGAACUGACACUGAGACAUCGAGCUUUCCUGUACAUGUUUAUGAUUCAUUUUGGGUUUUUUUUUUGGCUGUGAGAUUAUCCAUUAGGCUUAUUACAUAGUUCUUGCUUAAGAUGAUAGUUUUGACAAUGUUGUGCAAUACAUCGGUGAUGAAAUGGCAUGAAUGUCAUAUUUCAGUGCUGAAACCAAACUAAUCAGAAAUGCUUACAUGCAUACAAAAUAACACAAACCUAAGUCUGUGGGUUUUUUAGGUUUAACUUUCAUUAUAGAUGAGUAAGCUAGAUAAGAUAAAGAGGCUGUUAUUUUUUAUGUGCCAUAAUUUGAUAAAGCUUAUUAGAUGCCAUGACACAGGCCCCACCUGAACUGAGGCUACAUGUGACUUAUGACUUACUUAAUUUUAUAACUUAAUGUUGUUGGUAAUGAUUUAAAUUACCUGUGAACAAUUUUUUUGUGUUUUAGCUCUUAAUAAUACAUUGACAAAGCUCUCAUGCUGUAGGUUUGUUUGCACAGUCCACUACAACACACAAGCAUUAUUUUCUUACAGGUAAGAUAAACUAGGAAGGGGUUUGGUUGGUCAGGAGGUGAAGCAGAUGUGUCUCAGAAGCUGACAAUCAAACACAACAUGGACACUAAGUGAUGAAUGUGAUAAUACUUUUUAUUUUUACAUGAAUUAUUGUGAUGCUGCUCCUCAGACAAAGUCUGAUUGAGGAAUAAUAAGGGCUCCUAUAUGAAAAAUCCAUCUCUAUGUCCCUGUAUUUGUUCACUAAAGCCUGUUUUGUAUCACUGGCACAACGUUUUGUUUUUCAUCUUAAUAUUAUGUUAUUUUUUAUUAUGUUUUUUUUUCUCAUAGCCAGAUUUAGUGUUUGCCUAAACACAUUCCAUGCUGUCAGUCCUCUGAAAAGCUGUUAAGUUAUUUUCAUACUAAGUGUAGGUUGAAAGGGCCCCUUCCUGUCUGAAUUUAGCAAUAAUGUUUGAAAGUCAGAAGCGAAAAAAAAAGAUAGAAGUUCUACCAAUAAGAUCUUUAGCCAGGUGUUUGGGAAUAGCUGUUCAAAUCCAAUGUGAAAGAUCUGUUUGUAAAAAAUGUAUUUUUCGUUCGAAGGUAAACAAAAAAAAAACAAAAAAAAACAGCAUUUGAGUCAUUAGUCGAUCCAUGUUCCACUAUAACAUUGAG